GUUGCAUUUACCUUAGCUGAACUAGAACAACAACAACAACUCCAGGCAACUUUAUUUUAGAACACGCUUCGUUGUUCUUUUCUUACGUAUACUUAACCUCCAACUCGGUACCACGGCGCACCAUGUCCGAGGAACCAAAGGACGUAAAGGGCAAAGGAAAAGAGAAGGAGAAGGAGAAGGAAACCGAAAAAGAGAGAGCUGCUAAGAAAAUUCAUACGGCAAUUGAUGGCCUCUCCAAAGACCAAGUAUCCCAACUUCUCGACCUCAAUCCCGCCCUCGCAAACGAACUCGGUAGCGGAAGCAAGGAUGAUGUCAAUUCCGCCGUUGACGCCCUCAAGCGCCUCAAUCUUCACGAUGUUAUGACGGGAUUGGCUUCAAGCGGUAAAAAUGUCAAGGAUAUGGGCGCCUACAAGUUCUGGGCCACUCAACCCGUUCCCAAGUUCGACGAAGGUGAUUCCAAUCAGCCUUUCGAGGAAGGGCCCAUUAAAAUUCAAACCGUCGAUGAGAUUCCCAAGACACCCGCACCUCUUCUCGAUGGCUUCGAAUGGACCACCUUAGACUUACUUGACGACGGCCAGCUGAAGGAGGUAUGGGAACUGCUAAAUGGACACUAUGUCGAAGAUGAUGAGGCCAUGUUCCGCUUCAAUUAUUCGACUAGUAUCCUCAAGUGGGCUAUGAUGCCGCCUGGGUGGAAAAAGGAAUGGCACCGAGGAGUUCGAGCUUCACAGUCCAAGAAGCUCGUCGCGUUCAUCGCCGCUAUUCCCGUCGAGUUGCGCGUUAGGGACAAAGUCUUACACGCCUCCGAAGUCAACUUCCUUUGCAUACAUAAAAAGCUCCGUUCCAAGCGUCUUGCUCCGGUACUUAUCAAGGAGAUCACGCGCCUGUGUAACUUAGAAGGCGUCUUCCAGGCCAUUUAUACCGGAGGGAUCGUGCUACCCAAACCCGUCAGCACUUGCCGAUAUUACCACCGAGCUAUUAAUUGGCAAAAACUGUACGAGGUCGGAUUUAGCCCCUUACCAGCAAAGAGCAAGCCCCAGCUGCAGAUCAGAAAAUAUGCUGUACCGGAACGAACUUCAAUCAGCGGACUGAGAGAAAUGCAAAAGAAAGAUAUCGGCGCUGUUCGAGAUCUUCUCACUCGGUACUUGGCCAAAUAUGAAUUAGCUGCCGAGUUUGACGAGCAGGAAGUUGAACAUUGGCUACUACACAACAAGAAAAAUGCACUAGAAGAGCAAGUCGUUUGGACUUACGUCGUCGAGGACGAGCAUAAGAAAAUCACAGACUUUAUCUCGUUCUAUUGUCUCGAGUCCUCAGUGAUAGGUCCCUCCAAACAUUCAAACGUUAAAGCAGCUUACCUCUUCUACUAUGCUACUGAAACAGGACUUACCACCCCCGUCGAUAAGGAGGCUUUGAAAGCUCGUCUUAAUUCCCUCGUUUCGGACUCUUUGGUGUUCUGCAAGCAGUACCAGUUCGACGUCUACAACGCCCUCUCUCUCAUGGACAAUGGCCUGUUCCUAGAAGAACAGAAAUUCGGUCCUGGAGAUGGCCAGCUCCAUUAUUAUCUCUUUAACUACCGAGCCAAUCCGAUAGCCGGUGGCGUUGAUAAAAGAAACCGCUUGGACCCCGAGACACUAAGUGGCAUUGGCAAAACGCAAAUUUGAGCUUAUAAGUGCUUAGCCGACCCGGACAUUGCGAUGUCUUGAAAGAGUAUAUAGACAGCGUAUGAUCCACCUCUGAUAUCCGCGGUAGAAUUUCUCGUUCAAGGGGCUCUUUAAGUGAAUCUAUUUUGCCAUGGCUAGCGAUUACAUAGUCCUACGCAGAGUUCCCCGUAUCGAAUUUUUAGGAACACCGGAUCUCGAAGCCCCAGGUUGCCUCAGGCUACCUCAGGUGCCUGUUAUUCGGAAGCAUUUUCAAAAGAAUUGCGGUAAUUAUUCGCUCGGGUAGAUGCAUUUCUAAAUGAUACCUGAAGUACAGCCUGAGAAGGCUUGAACAACUUUGAACCAAUCAAAUCUCGUGUGCCUGUCCCGAUAUGUUGCUCAAUAAAUUAGGAUCGGAAAUGCCUGUGAUGUUGCCAUAUAUAUGCAGCCAAUUGAUGAAUUCCUUGCCGUUUUAUUAAAGUAGACUUUUGUUUUUCGUGUCCUGGCCGUGGAAUAUUU